AUGUCAUUCAGAAUCCCUCUCAGACGUUUCACCAACCUGGAGCUUGGCUCUCUUCUUAUUCACAAGCAAGAUAUUCUCACUCGAGCAAACUUCUCCCGACCUUCACAGCGACUACUCAGCAGUUCACGACCCCUCAAAAUGUCCAACGACGACGAUUACAUGGCCUUCUUAAACAAGGCGAACCAGGAUACCGGCGCAAGCGCCUCGACACAAGACAAGACAACUUUCAAGGCAAAGGACCACGGUGCUGAGGUACCUAAGGCCAUUGUCGAUGUAUGCAAAAAAGCCGUCUACACAUCUGACGCAGACGAGCCCUUUGAAGAGGUGUCUCUCAAGUGGCAGGGCAAGAACGGUCUACCCACAGAGACCGAAUUUGCCAAGCUCAUCAACCACUCCUCUCCUGACUCGGCAGAAAUCCAGAUUCUAGACCCUCUGAGCUGGGACUCCCACGGCAAAUACACCGACGUCAUCGAGGCUGUCCGCGAAGCCUCUCAGGGCAACGACGUGCGAGUCUAUCAGGUAACAAGAGACUCCACGAGAAUAGAGUAUUGGGUUAUUUCGCACGCUGAUGGAAAGCUCAUUGGUGCCAAGGCCCUUUCUGUUGAGAGCUAA